AUGAGCCACGUCCCCGGGAUUGAAGCCCCAACUUCACCUAAGGGAUCCAAUCAUCACGGAGCUGAGACACCGCCUUCUGCUUCCGUGGACCGACGCCCUGUGACCCCUACACUUCCUGCUCCCGUCUCCUCACGGCUGUCCCCCUACAGUUUGGUUGACAGGGGCCCUCCUGCGUCCCGAUUGAGAGCGUCGGCAUCGGCUCUUUCGUCGGCAUCUGCGGAAGGGACAAGCGUGGACGGAAAGCGACCGGACGGCGCGUCGCCUUCCUUGAAAAACGAAUUGCUUCAGUCUUUCGCCCAUAUGCUGCUGGCCAUGCGGUCGCAGCGAGUGGCUUUUGGCUGGCAGCUCUCGCAGGUGCAGCGGCUGGUAGAGCAGCUCGCCGAGCUUCCCCCCGCAGAGGGUUCUCUCCCGUCGGCUCUGCCUUCCAGCGUCGUCGCCUCCCUCACAGGAGGGGACGAAACUCUGGUCACGACUCAUGCGGAAGGAACAAACGAGACGCCCUUAGUCGCAGCGAGCGCGGGGACGCCUUGCCCUGCCACAGCAGGUGUGCGAGUGGAAGAGCGAGCGAAGCAACUGCAUGCGGGUCAGCCGCUGCCAAAUGCCGUGACGACCAUCGACAUGAAACGGGGCGUUCCUCAUGGGAACGAACCACGGAAAGGUGAAUCUGCUGGUGCAGCAAACCAAGAAAAACCCCUCGCACUCGAUGCAUCUCGAGGGACUGGCUCGGAUCCUAAGGGACGCUUUUUCCCCGGAAUCCCCGACGGAAACUCAAGACUCCUGGCAGGCUCCGAUGUGAGGACCUCCGUCGGCCCGUCAACGACUCGAGAUGAAGGCAGCAGCUUCACAGCUUCGCAGCUCGACCCCUUCUCGCUUUUCUCCUCUGUCCCGUCCUCGUCGCGCUUGGAGCUGGGCGUUGCAAACCUCUUCCAUCCAGGGGCUGUGGUGAGUCCGCAGUCAAGGACAUCCGUGGAAGGAGCGUUUGCUGAUUCAUCCGAGACAUUGCGGCGCGAGGGAAUUGGCUCGCUGCUACGGAGUCGACAAGCGAACGGAAAUGACGACGCUUUACCCGAAGGAAAAAGCAUUUCUGUGACCUCGCUCACUGAUGAAUCGGCUCCGGUUCCUCAAUCUGUUCCUUUUACGGCCUCCGAGACUGGCAGCGCUCAUGGGUUGGCUGGUCCUUCGGUCUCCUUGCGCAGAGGGUCAGCCGAUCUCCAGAGUCUAGAGAGACGCAUUCACGGCAUUCGCCGAGCGAUCGAGUUGGGUAUGCAGUUCGAAGAUGCGUAUGAGAUGUUAACCGCGCGUCGUUCUCCCGCGAACUCGUCUGAGGGCGGGAGAUUAAUUCUCGACCAGGCCGCCAGGGAGCAGCGAGAGAGCCCUAGACACAGCAUAAACGCCAGCAAAGCGGUGCAAGCGCAUGCCCAGGACAGUGUUACCGCAUCAGGUGUAGCUACAAGAGACUCGGCGAGUGUCGCAGGAAGCGAGACUAGCAGACCUCUUGGCCUUGAUGACCUUACAGUCGUUGUGACACCAGCCAGAGACAGCCACAAGCGCAGGAUCUCCUCACGUAUUGACGCCCAGCUGAUAGCAGAAGAGAGCGGAAAACCGCCUUUCCAACCGUCCUCACACACUCCGGGUGCGCACUGGGAAGGGGAGGAAACAAUACUAGCACACCCCAGCGUCGACCGGGAUCGCCGGAGUGACACCCGAAAAGACGCACAACGAGCCGCGGAGACUGCCCGUGCGCACCGCAGGCUGCAGCUGGAUCAGCCGACCGUGCUGCGGGAGGUUCUGGAAAGGAGGCAACGGACGCUGGUCCGCAGUGAACGCAUCCGCCACCUUCAGUCCCAGAUGCGCGUUCUUGAAACAGCUCGCGAACAGAUGCUGGCGCACGAGCGGCAGAUGAAGGCACGGGAUUCUGUUGGAAGGCGCACGGAUCCUGAGGCGUCCCGACAGGCAGGACAAACUUCAGAAGCGUCGUCCGGGAAUGCCUGUGUGAUGAGCUCACCCUCUGUGGCUCAUGUAGCACACGAGCAGAAGCCUUAUGAGAAGCGUGAAUGGGCUCCCAACACCGGAGUGGCCAUCACCCCCACUGGAAGUCUUCCUUUAACCCGCCGUCGCGUGCAACACCCCGAUGAGAGACUUCUUCCUCCGCCACAAGGCGAAUCUCCAUCGAAGGGCAGUCCCUCCGAUACGGUCUCGGAUGUCCCAGGAGGCUGCCCGCGGUUUGCCAGGGGCCACACACGAGCGAGAAGCCAACACACUGGCACCAAGGGCUUGUUGCUGUACCCGACUCGAUUCCUGGCGGACAUGAUGCGAGAUUCGGUGUAUGAACUACGCCACCCGCGUUCCCCAACUGAUCGUGCAACGCCCUUGUCGCGACGGCUCGCUUCACAACGCCCUGCAAGAGUGGAGCAGCCCCCUGAAAGGCAUCAAGGGACGCCCCGCAGUGUGUCGCCAGAUGCAUCUCUUCUUUCGGGGAUUCUAGACACCCAUCCUGGAUCUCGCUCUCCGAACCCAAACCAGUUUGGGUCUUACAGGUCAGAUACGUAUGCCGGCGUGCCUGAGGCUUUAACACACGAGUGGAGGGCCGGAAGUUCCCGCUGCCGAGGAGCCAAAAGUCCAGCCUUCAUUCGAAGCCGUGAGAGCGACCGAAGCGAGGAAGACAGUCGCCCCCCGGCGGGGAUGCCCUCGCCGCUUCGACGAGGCCGGUUCCCUGGCCCUCCCCCGCCUCUUCGCCAGAUUGCAGGCUCAGCGACGCCCGCCCGCAUUGUAACUCGACCCCCCUUUGGAAGCGAUUUCAAUGCAGCUUGGAUGAAUGAACGGCUUUUUACUUCGGGAGACUUCUACGACUAUGUGCCCUCUCAGACAAACAAAACGAACUCGCGGGGACGAAGUCCAUCUGGCCAGCAGCACUCCAGAGGAGUUCAGGUCUCGUGGGAGACUGAUGACGUGCACGCCGAAGACGAGCGAGACGACUUUCCAGUCACUGAAGUGGAUUGUUACGAAGGAGGAAGCGCCUCGAUUGGCGUGUCCUGGGGCGGCCGAAUCGGGGCGGCCCGGGAUUCUCGAGGAAAAACUCAGGGUGUUCGUGAAACACGAGAGUCAGUGGGCAGGCUCUUCAGCACGCAGGACCGCGAUGUGGGCGACACCCAGAGGGUACUCACUUUGCCGCCGCCAUUGACGGUGCGAAGGCUCGACCCGACAACGCACAAACAGUUUUUUGAAAGGGGACAAAAGUAUCUGAACAAGCUGUCUUUGGAGCUUCCCCAGGACCGUACUCUAAUGGCCGUCGUAUCCGAGGGUGACGUCCCCGUGGCUGUCGUCCGCGUACGGUUAACAGACGAUGAUUCGGAUCCACGUGCGCAGUAG